UCUUUUUAAUGAUAUUCCACUGCAGGAGCCUCCAUUGCAAGCUAGUUCCAGUCCAAUACCGAGAAUACGAAUAUGAUCUAUUGGACACAAUCCCACAGACUGUUUCUUUGUGGAAAUCGUGUUAAUUUCCCUCAUUUUGAAAAGAAGCUCUUCCCCUCCAGCUGCGUGGCAGACAUUGUUCGCAAAAUUUUCUCUUACUAUUCUAUACUAUGUACAUACUAUAAUGUCUGGGAAAGUGUAUCCAGUAUCUAGUUCUCCAUAUGAGUUUCUUGUUAAAAAAAAUAUUGUGAAAUUUUUUAUUACUUUUUUCGGUAACUUCACUCGAUGUACCUUAAUCCCAAUUCUAAAUUUAAAACUCAGUGUCCGAUUUGAUUACAAUUUGUGAUAAGACAUAUUAAAAUUAGCUAUUGAAAAAAACCGUGAAUGUUUGUGUUGGCAUAACAGAUGUCAAAAGUUUCCAAAUCGCCUCGAGUAUAAGGUUUCCUUUCAUAACACGAAACAUCAGUUUCUCAGUGACUUUACGGCCCUGUAAGAUUCAGUCAUUAAAAAAAUGUACGGUCAUUCCUAAAUUCGUCUUUUAAACCAUUAUUUCUAAUUUCUUCUUCGGUUUCUGAAGGUAAGAAUGAUGUUCUGUUUCUCAUGUUUUAUUUUUGUUUGUUUGUUUGUUUGUUUUUUUUUCUUUACUAUGAUGUUUACUGAAAUUAUCAGCGAUCGAAAACUGAAAGAGUGAUAGAGAUAUCAGACCUUGAGUUUUGCGCCUGUAUAUUUGACAUCAUUUCGUUUCUUCUUUUUUUCUGAACAAAGGUCUGUUCUCAAUUUGUUAUUUGUUCCAUAGUGUUUUCUGGCAGCUCGUGAAAUCUUUCCGUGUCAGUGGACAAGCUUUGUCUCAACCCUUACUAGCACUGGCGGGGGAACUUCAUAAAAAGGUCACUAAACUAAGCGUGAACAGCGACACUUUAAUCACCGGACAUGACGGAAUCAGUUGGUAUGACUGUGGUACUCCUCCUACUCGCCAUUAUAGAUAUCGUUGGUAACGUUAUCGUUUGUGCGAUCAUCAAGAGAAAUCGAGAUAUGAGGAGUCCCAUGAAUUAUCUUCUUCUAAACCUGGCUAUAGCUGAUAUCAUGUAUGCCGCGUUCAUCGCCCCUCGAGUUUACUUCCAGCUUACUUUAAAUCAUCCAGAUGGAGUGAUGGGCACAAUUUUUUGCAAAUUUGUGACAGAUGGAAGUGUCGCGUGGAUUGGAGGAGCCUCUUCCAUUGUCACUUUGACUGCAAUCGCCAUUGAACGAUAUUAUGCAGUAAUGUAUCCCCAUGGAAACAAAUGGAAACUUACCGAGCAAAAACUGAAGGUGAUUAUUCCCUUUAGCUGGAUUUUUGCCAUACUUCUUAUCACGCCGAUGUUCAUUGUCAAAGAUGUCUUGAAGAACAAGGACGGAGGUAGCUUCUGUGCAUAUGUCUACCCAGAGGAGUGGAUGGGUAGAGCAUAUACCACCACAUGGAAUGUGGUUUUCUUUCUUCCAUUGGCUUUGAUGAUUGUGUUGUAUGCCAGAGUCGUGCGCGCUUUGUGGUUUCAUGGUAAUGAUGACAAUCAACUGACACAUCAACAGAAGGGAGUGGCGAGAGUGCGAAAAAGAGUCACUCUGAUGGUCGUAGCUAUCACUGCCAUAUAUGGGAUCUGUUGGGGCACGAAUGAAGUUGUUUACGCCAUCGAGUUCAUAGCACUGCACCACAUUGGUCACCUCCCAAUGGCCAUCGCUAACACGAUGGUCUUGUUUAAUUCUGCUAUCAACCCGUUUGUAUACGCGCUGUUGAACAAGCAGUUCAGAGAGAAGAUGAAGGUAAUGUUAUGCUGCACACAUUCCCCGGCUGCCAGGAUUCAUCCUAAGAGGAAAAGCAAGGACACGGUCCUUGAUCACAACACCAUCCCCUCGAUUUACACAGCAGCGUCAUCUACAACGGAGUGAUAAGUGUUCCGAGCUGAUUAGCGCAUUCUGAAGGAUCAGACUCACUU